GAGGGGAGCUCCCCAGUUAGCCUUAACUGCACUCAAAGGAAGCUGUGGAAAAUGGGAACAAAGUGAGACGAUGAGGAGGCAAAACUGUUAGUAGGCAGUGCCCUUUGGGGUCUCCCCCCACAUGGAGGUCAUCCUCGCAAGUGUGCGCUCCACAUUGUUCCUCUCCCCACCCGUAUGAAAUGGCCAUCGUUCGAAAGGGCCAUUUUACACACCUGCAGUGACGCAUCAUAGGUGAUUUAUGCCUCCCCCCCUUUUUUUUUUUUUUAAUGACGUUCUGGGAGACGUGCGGGGAAGAGGAAAAAAAAAAAAAAAAAGGAAAGGAAAUGCGGCCUACGAAGUGGGGAGACCCACCCAGCACACACACAUGCUUAUACGUACUCAGCAUAGCGGCGGUGGGGGGGGAGAAAUCCCCAGAAAGACGCUGUGUACCUGCGAGCGCCGCACAUGUACGCGCGCGGGUGGAUGCCUUGGCCGCCUAUCCAUGGAAAACACCUUAGCUAUAGAGUCCGCGCAGAGAAGUUUGCGUCGAACGGAUAGUAAUCCCGCCAGUGCCUCACGCAGAUCGCCUUUCUCCUCCCCUCCACAAGUACUUCUGACGUUUGGGAGGACUUGUCCAAGGGAAAAAAAAAAAAAAAAAAAAAAGAAAGGAAGGAAGACUCCAUCUCGGAAAGGAAUUCCCCCCCACACACAUUAGAACGUAAAAACGGAAAGGACGAAUUGCCAACGGAGUGGUGGUUAGUUUGCCUCCACUGGGAGUCACCCGGCACGUCAUCCAGCACUUCACCUGGCACCUCACCCUCCGUACCGCCCCAACAGCUAACCAACAGAGCGGCACGAUGAUCUUCAAGCCGAACGGAGAGCACAUGUUCAGCAGCAGCAACGCUCUGAUCACCCAGUCGAACGAAAACGUCACAGCGGAGGACCUCUUUCUCACAAAAAAUAUUUUUCGAGAUGUGCAGCAGAAGGUGAGUGGCGGGCCCAUCAAAACGACGACGAUAGAAAGGGUAACGAAGAUCCCCAAGGUGGUCUUUAAGGAAAGGCUAAAGGAUAAAGUGGUGAAGGAGAAGAAGGUAGUCACCAAGGAAGUCGAAAUAGAACAAAUUAUAGACGUCAUUGAAAACAAGGAGGAAAUUAUUUACAACGAAGUGAAGGUUCCGACAUACAUUGACGUCCCCAUAGUGCACCCAAGACAGGAGGUCUACCACAAGGAGGUUCUAAAAAACGUCCCUAAAGGGAUUGAACUCUUCGUAACGCAGAAGCUGGAAGUGCCAAAAAUUAAACCCAAAUAUGUGGAAGUUCAAGUCCCUAUUUACGUCCCCUGCUAUGUAGAAGUGCCCAUCCCCGCCCAUUACAUUCCCAUCCCGAAAGGGGAGAAGAGGGACCAUUUUACUUGCGGAAUGGAUAGGGGCAAACAGUUUUGUUAUGAAAACCCCAUGGUUUAUAAUAACCCCUUCAUGCGUACUGCUCUACAGGCAGAUACCACCCAGGGGGACUCCACUCAUCACCCUAACGUACGUGGGAAAUGCCCUGUUGAUGGCGGGGACAACCAGUCGGAGGCUAUUCACUCGUCCAAAAGCUCCGUGCAGAAUUUGGCUGUGGAGCAGGGCAGCCUGGACAGUCUGGUCGCCGCGGGGGCGCAGUAAUGAUAGGCAGUGGGGGGGACUUCUCAUCGGGGCGGUCACAACCAUCCUUUGACGAGACUACCCUGUUAAGCCGCACACGUCUACACCUGCGAACCUGUUAAGCCGCACACGUCUACACCUACGAACCUGUUAAGCCGCACACGUCUACACCUACGAACCUGUUAAGCCGCAGACGGCCACCCACACAAACUUCCACACCCACGGCAUGCUAACCCAGUUGCACCUCGCCGCUACGCUUUGUGCCGCACAACAGGUUGCAACUCAUCAUCAUCAUCAUCAUCGUCAUCGUCAGCGGGGAGGACCCACUCGACAGAGCUACUCGGUGGCCCCCCUUUACGGAAGUGUGGUCAAACUCGGAUCAACUUUUUUGAUGAACUUUCCGAAUUGACGAAUGGGGUUGCAUCUGCACUUGUGCAAGCGCAAUGGGGGAAAUG